AUGAAAUGUGUGGUGUUGGCGUACGUUUUAAUGCAUUUGGCGAAAUAUGUGGGGCUUUCUGAGGGAUACUUAGUUGGGGCUGGGUUGAACGUCCGGUUCGCCCAAUUGCUCUACACCGACACCAAAUACCAAGUUCUUAGAGAGGAGAUGAUAAAAAUGAACACGAGAAACCUGGUGUACCACUGUCGAGCCGACAAGGGUGACUGUGACGCCGCCCUGGCUAAGAUGCGGUACAAGGCGAGCAAACACUUCUACGCGCUGUCCAAGGCUGUGGUCGACUACGUUAAGAACAAAAGGCAGGCCCGACCCACAGGAUAUGUCGGUACAGCGACGUUCUGUCAGGACAAUAUUUGUGUGCCAGAUACCGAUCCACCAAUCGUUUAUGGGGGCUGUUUCACUUUAAUAUCCUGCGGUGGAAACCAGACCUGGCACCUGGAUCCGGUUGUUUACAAAAAGAAGAAGAGUAGAUUCUUU